AUGGACGACUCUAUCGGUCGUGCAGAAAAGCUCGACGUUGACGAGAUUGAGAGAGCUGACGACAUGCCAAAAGGUAAUGCUAACUUCUCAACAGAAGAAGAGCGAAAUCUCGUCCGUAAGCUAGAUCUAUGGAUCGUUCCGCUCAUGAUGGUAACGUAUAUGCUCCAGAGUUACGACAAGGGCAUCAUGAGUGCCGCCACGCAGUUCAAUUUCAAUACAGACUUGGGCCUGACAACGGUUAUUGGGCACGAAGCAGACGGCACAGCUAUUACAAACAAUCAACGAUAUUCUCAUGCAUCAAUGAUCUUCUAUAUUGGGUAUCUUAUAGGUACCUAUCCGAUGAUGUAUCUAGCACACCACUACCCAACAUCUCGAGUUAUAUCCCUGGCUGCUUUCCUAUGGGGCAUUGUCGUCAUGUCAACUGCUGGCUGCAGGAACUACGCUGGCAUUAUGGUCAAUCGUUUGGUGUUGGGUAUACUGGAAUCGGCGGUGGCCCCUACAUUCACUGUUUUGGUGACAUUUUGGUGGACGCGUGAGGAACAGGCUCUGCGCACAAGCUUAUGGUACUGCUGCGUUGGAGUUGCGACUACUAUCUCACCAUUGAUUAAUUGGGGACUUGGCCAAAUUCAUGGAUCGCUUGACUCUUGGAAGCCCAUGUUUUUGGUUCUUGGGGCAAUCACUACAGCUUGGUCGUUUGUUCUCUUCUUUGCUCUGCCAGACAGCCCAAUGACCACAAAGGGUUUAUCUGAGUCUCAACGUCAAAUUGCAAUGCAUCGUUUGGAACGGAACCAGGCGGGCACAAUCAGCUCUGAAUUCAACAAGUCCCAGUUCUUCGAGGCCUUCCAAGACUACAAAGUCUACAGCUGUACACUGAUCAUUCUCCUCACUGGAGUGCCUUCUGGUGCAAUUGGCACUUUUGGUACAAUAGUCAUCAACGGCUUCGGAUUCAGCCAUUUUGACUCGCUGGCUUUGACUUGUCCUAUUGGCGCAAUUACGGCUCUUUCCAUCUUAUUAGUCGGCUACGUGACUAGAAAGUUGACCGGAACUCGCUACUUGUGCAUCAUCAUCUGUGCUCUUAUAUCCAUCGCCGGUACCUUGAUCUGUUGGCUUGGGCCUCGUAGCAAUAGAGGGAUGCUCUUUGCCGGUAUCUUCCUUAUUGCUGUUCAAGUUGCUGCGGGUGGACUGGCCGUUUCCCUGGCUGCCUCGAACGUCGCUGGACAUACAAGUAAGUAUUAUUUCCACCAAGUUUGCGUCCAUACCAUGUAUUGGCUCUAA